AUAGAAUAUACUUCAUUUUCAGUACCUGUUAGGUUUCAUUACAAUACAUUUUAGUGUUUUUGUGUCAGUUAAGAAUUGUUGGUUAUUUUGUGGUUUAUUAAUGUUUGUUUAAUGUAAUGGAACAAUUUUUAAGGAACAUGUGUGACUUUCAGUUUUGAUUCCUAUUGGCCCUGUUGAAGACAGUUAUAAACACACACAAGAAUUACCACUAGAACCCAAGGAUUCACAGGACCAGAUCACCUCUGAAACUUACUACCACGCUGUAAACACACACAAGAAUUACCACUAGAACCCAAGGAUUCACAGGACCAGAUCACCUCUGAAACUUACUACCACGCUGUAAACACCAACUACCUAUCCAGCAUCCAUUUUUCCUCACGAUAAUGGCAACCAUGGAUCCACAUAUGGGCCAUAACAUGAAUAUGGUGUAAUGCACCUAAAAAAGCUUCAAGUCUGUUUAAUGACGUUGUCUGCUCGAAAGCGCUGGUUGUUUUACGCCUCGCUAGCUUCUGUGAGCCUUCUUGGCUUCGUAUAUCUAAGUUCCAAGUCAAAUAUGUCUACAACGAUGGGUCACAACCACAUGGGUAUGACCACAAUGGAUCACUCUGGGCACACAACUGCGGACCCUCAUGCAGGUCACGAGGGGAUGGACAUGGAGUGUGGAAUGGGAAUGAUGAUGUACUUUCAUACUGGGAAGUGUGAAUACAUCCUGUUUGAGGGCAUCAGAACCACCACAUCAGGAGGUAUGAUAGGGGCGUGUUUUGCAAUAUUUGCUCUUGGCGUGUUGUACGAGGGUCUGAAGGUUUUACGCGAGACGCUGCUUCAGCGGGCCAUGGUUAACAAGUAUGCCGUUGGCCACUCCAACUCUUCCCAAGACACCAUGGUUGUCAGCAACAAGAAUGUCGGGUCAGGGAAUGGAAGAGAUAUUAACACGAGCAGCCUGGACACACAAACCAGUCAGGACCAUUGCUUGGAGAAUGAUCAUCAAGAACCACCACUUUGUAUCCACAUGAUGAGUUGUAGCCACUUCCUGCAGACCCUCCUCCACAUGGUCCAAGUCUUCUUCUCGUACUGCCUUAUGCUUGUCUUCAUGACCUACAAUGUCUGGCUCUGCCUCUCCGUCAUCCUCGGCGCUGGUGUUGGAUAUUUUCUCUUUGGAUGGCGGAAAGCGAUUGUCGUGGACAUUAAUGAACACUGUCACUAGUGGUGGCUUGUUAUUUGGUUGGGCAAUGUUACAAGGUUAGGGCUGUUUUAAUGAACCAAGAGGUGUAAGUGAAAAGGUUCUAUUUACCUUUCUAAUAAGUGUAACUAAAGUUUUUUUGCUUUUGUCUCUUGGAACGUAACUUAUUGUUGUUAUGAAGUAUGAACAUCAUCACUGUUCUUUUGGAAAUUGAUUUUGAUGACAGACAGAGGUUUAAAUUAUGAUUCAGACAUGUAUAUGUCAUAGGAAUAUCAAUACAUGUCCUAAAUUAAAGAGCUUAUAACAACAGUUUUAAGAUCAUGGCUGAUGAUGUUGGUAAUACUGCAUAGACAACAUGUUUAACAUGUGAUUAACAGAAACAUUCCUGUACAGGCGACGCAAGUUCUUGUUAGCCCACAAAUUACAUCUCAAAACAAAAGGGUUGUUAUUGAAGUUACUUCAGUAGCGAUGUGUUUUAACUCUGCUGCUAGUUUUUGUAAAGCAAUAUUUUGUUGUGAUGUGUUUUGAUCAUACACUAUUACUGGUACAUUCAAGUACAUAAAAAAUAUAUAUUGACCGUAGUUUCUUGCGAAUACUAUAGUAAUUACUCAAAUCAAAACUAACUAAUUUUUCCACUAUAUGGCCUAGAUUGUUUUAUUGUCAGAAUCACAUUAUCUUAGAGAUUAUAUUGAUGUACUCAAUUAUUUUUGCAUAGGACAUUAUGAAAAAAGUUAACACACCAUUAUACUCAGUUAAGCAAGAACUGGAGUAAGAAGUUGAGCAAGAAAAUUGAGGCCUUACUUAUACCAGUACAAAAUGUAUGUGUAUUUUUGUUUUUUGUGUCAGAAGUGUGGCAAAAUCGUUUAUAAUUGUCUAAACAUAUAAUUACAAAUAGAUUUCCCAUAGAAGGAUUGACUACUUAUUUGCUUUUAUGUGUGUUUGUUGAUGAUAAUGUUGAAAGGUUAGUCUUUGAGACUAGUUAUGUUCCUGGUACUGGAUGUUCUAUGAGGAAGUCAGAUUUUGCCAGAAAUAGUUAUUAUCGUCAACAUUAUUAUCAAAUUCAUGUAACUUUCCAAGUAGAAGAAACUCAUUUUUUUCAUAGGAUAUGUGUUCAUUUUUACCCAUGAAAGUCCAUGUAUGAUUAGGGACCAUUUGAUUUUAUCAUGUUAAGAAUAAGACCUAGUGUUCUGAUCAUUUUGAUUCAUGCAUGUUUAACAGGCUAAGUCCUGAAUGUUAAUGUAGCAUAAAACUCUGAAUUGAGACCAUAGCUAUUAAAGGGAUAUUAAGGUUUAUAGUCUACAGUAGUCUAAAGCCCUUAUUUUUAAUGGUACAACCAUUAUAAAAGCAUUAUAUUAACCAUGGUUGUUUGCCAUGAUUUAACGAGGGAAUGCGGUAGUGUGGUAUGUAUUGAUGUUUUGAUGAUCAAUUAUAAUAGAAAAAAUAUUGUUUGGGCAUGAAAUCAGGGACCUGGGUUUGAUUUCCAGCCUGGGCACAUGUGAGUUUGGACAAGUUGGUUUUCUCUGGACACUCUGGCUUCCCCACAACACAAGACCACACCAUAAUUCAUUAUUGUAAAAUAUAUAAUGUUUAAACUAAUUAAAUUUACUCCCAUAUUUUGAAUUAAUGCAUAAUGUUCCCAUACUCUCCGGUGUGUACAUGUUUAGUAUUGCUAACUUCCUGAUAUUCAUUGUACUAAUACUGUUGAAAGUCAUUCCCUGUACACUGUACACUAUGCUGUUAAUAUGCUUGAAGCAUUAUAUUCAGUGUGUAACAUCACUAAGUGUUAACUCUCAUGUAACUCUCAUGCCUCCGCGACUGGAUCACCAGUACUAAUUAAGAAAACCUCUGAUGAAACAAUUGCCAAAUUUCCAUUUAGUCGUGAAUUGGUUUUAUCAAGUAGGUUAUUUAGGUGAUUGCGCAUACAUGCUGGCUAAUAUAUGAGGCAUUUGGCGCUCAACACUAAGAAAUUUAGAAUUUAGUUUUGGUCUGUGGACUUGUAUAUAAACUUGCUAUUACUUUAAUCGUUUUUUAACCUGAUCAAAUUGUUCGCUCUCAGAUAAAUUAAGUUGUUGCUGGCACUUUCUCAAUUGUUUAGGGUAUAUGAACAGAAAUUUAUGCUUUUGCACAAUUUUGAUAUGUUAAUUGUAAAAUAAUUAAACUAAAAAUAGAUUAUGCAAUUAAAUUAAAGAGUCUAGUUUAAUACUAUAUUUGUGAUCUUUCACUUUGUUAGAAUAGUUGAACACUGCAGGCUUUGAGUGUUUUCUCAAUCAUGAAAUAUUUUUUUCAUAAAAUAACUUGCCACUUAAGUUAAAUUAGUAUGAUUAGUAAAUAAGUAUAUAUGUUUUAACAUGUAUAUAAUUUUACAAAAUAGUUUUAACUUUCCCAGUCAUAUAAGAGAAAUUCUUAUUUGAUUUAAUGUAAAUUGAAAUAUGAUGGGAUUAUCAAUUUUUCAUCUAUCAUCAUUUUAAAAAAGUUCACAUGUAUAUAAGGUGAAAUGCACAAAGACAAGUACUUUAUCUUGAUUGUUAUCAAUUUUCAGGUACAGGUACAUGUAUAUUCUGUCAUUAUAUUAUUGUUAAUGCCUGGCUUUUGUUUUGUAACAUUUUCUGCAUGAAUUUUAUGAUGCUACUGUACAUAUCUUUGACCAAACUAUUGUGGCCGAAAUUAAUUGUUUUAAGCAGUGAAUAUUACAUGCCAAGUGUUCACAAAGAUAUUUACAAUAAAUAAAUCAUUUUUCUUGAAAAUUUGAAAAAACUUACUAGGAUUUCCAUUCAUCUUGAGUAUUCAUAUCAUAUUUAGAAUUCAUUCUAAAUCAUUUGUGUGAACAAUGUAGAGAUGAAACUCUUCCCAAAGGACAGUUUAUCAGAUAUAUUUUUGUACAUCAGAGUAUGUUUAAAAAUUGUGACAUUUUUUUGAUGACAUGUUACUUUAAACAGAGACUAUAACAGCGUAACCAAUAAAUCAUUUUCUGUAA